UAGUAUCUCUUGGGCUGCUGUGAGUGACACACGCCGAGUGGGGUGAAGGGAAAUGCUGGCGAAUUGCAUUUUGAGUUGUUGGUUGCUGUUAGUCACUCUGUCUCUUGCCAUUGCCAAGCACAGGCAACCUUCCUUCACCAAAACUUGUUACCCAAGGGGAACACUGUCCCAAGCUGUUGACGCUCUCUAUAUCAAAGCAGCAUGGCUCAAAGCAACGAUUCCAGAAGACCGCAUAAAAAAUAUACGACUAUUAAAAAAGAAAACAAAAAAGCAAUUUAUGAAAAACUGCCGAUUUCAAGAACAGCUUCUGUCCUUCUUCAUGGAAGAUGUUUUUGGUCAAUUGCAAUUCCAAGGUUGCAAGAAAAUACGCUUUGUGGAGGACUUUCAUAGCCUUAGGCAGAAACUGAGCCACUGUAUUUCCUGUGCUUCAUCAGCUAGAGAAAUGAAAUCCAUUACCAGGAUGAAAAGAAUAUUUUAUAGGAUUGGAAACAAAGGAAUCUACAAAGCCAUCAGUGAACUGGAUAUUCUUCUUUCCUGGAUUAAAAAAUUCUUGGAAAGCAGUCAGUAAACCACAGCCAAGUGCACUGAUUUUAUAGUUAUUUUGAAAUACAAUGAGAACUGCUAGAAAUAUGUUUAUAACAGUCUGUUUCUUUAAAAACCUUUUUAACAUAAUACUGACAGCAUGUUAGGUGAUUCAGAAUAGACAAGAAGGAUUUAGUGUAAUAAAGUUUUGGAGAUAAGUUGUCACUAAUUUGCACAUUUUCUGCGUUUUCAAAUAAUGUUUCCAUUCUGAACAUGUUUUGUUAUUCACAAGUACAUUGUGUCAACUUAAUUUAAAGUAUAUAACCUGAAUUAACUCAUGUAAUAUUUAUGUGUGUCGGGGGGGGGGGGGGGGGGGUGAUGUGGGAGGUGAAGGGGAAUGACAGAUUUCUGGAAUGCAAUAUAAUGUUAUUGAGACUUAAAUAGAUGUUAUGUAUAUGAAUGUCUAUUUAAGGGUUUGAAAAUUAUUAAUUAUGCCCAGUGUGAACUUAGUACUUAACAAAUUUUGAUUCUAAUUAAAUAAAUUGUGUUUCUUUCUC